UUGAUUUUCAUCACCAUGCGUAUAUUCACCUUGAUCUUGGGGCUAUUGUGUACCUUGGGUUACUCAAGUGGAUACAAUUACCUGAUGGUUCUCAAUUCCGCCGGUCGUUCUCACUUCAAUGUGGGGCAUGCUUUGGCCAAGGGAUUGGUCAAGGCUGGACAUACAAUCACCGUGGUUUCCGUCUUUCCUCAGAAGAAACCCAUUCCUGGUUAUACUGAUGUAAAUGUGACAAAUGUGGUCAAAGUUAUGGGAGGAGACAUUGGGUCUUUGUGGGCUUCUAUCCAAAAGCCAUUUACUCAGAAUCUCAUCGAUUUAUGGUUUCCUUUCAACGAUCACAUGUCGCUGUACGAACGCCUUUUGAACGUGGCUUUCCUUGGCUAUGAAAGGCUUCUACUGGACUACUAUUUCCUACCGACUCAAGAGAAGUUCUACAAGGAGUUCUUUCCGGGCAACAAGAGGUGUUUCUAUGAGAUGCGCCGAAAUGUCUCCAUGGUGCUCUUCAAUCAACAUUUUUCACUAAUCACUAAGAUUGAGAGAUUCAUCAAUGAGUCAGAACAUGGAGCAAUCUACUUUUCCAUGGGUUCGAAUCUCAAGUCCAAGGACUUACCCCCAGCAAAGGUUCAAGAGAUCCUGAAAGCGUUAGAUGGACUCAAGCAGCGUGUUCUCCGGAAAUUUGAGCUGGAUAACCUGCCCAACAAACCGGAGAAUGUCUACAUCUCCGACUGGUUUCCACAGACGGACAUAUUGGCCCAUCCCAAGAUCAUAGCAUUCGUGACCCACGGCGGCAUGCUGAGCACCACGGAGUCCAUUUAUCAUGGUAAACCUGUGGUCGGUUUGCCGAUCUUUAGUGUCCAGUUCUUCAACAUGGCUCAUGCCGAGCAAGGCGGCUAUGGCAUUAUGCUGGACUUCAAGACGUUGAAAGCCGAUGAUUUCCGACAAGCCAUCGAGCGGAUUACCAGUGAGCCAUCCUACACGAAAGUGGUGCAGGGCAUGUCCUUCCGAUAUCGGGAUCAACAACACACGCCAAUGGAAAAGGCGAUAUACUGGGUGGAACAUGUGACCCGCCAUCAAGGAGCUGCCUAUUUGAAAAGUGCGGCCCAAAGGCUGAACUGGUGGCAGUACCACAAUGUGGAUGUGCUCCUAAUUAUUUUUGCAGUAAUGGUUCUGUUGCUAAUUGUACUGCCAAUUACUAACUAUAAUCUGCUUAAGAAGUUAUUAUUUACAGGAGAGAGAACUCAAAGCACUAAAGUCAAACGCAACUAGAAAUGUAGUAUGUACUAGUAAAUCUAUAUACUUUUGUAUAAGUAAAGUUGACAGUAAAGAAUUUAAAACCUA